AAAGAACGCGCCUGACCAAUGCCAUGGUCGACGCGGAGCCUGCCUCAAGCGCCUUAUGCCAGCUAUGCAGGGCAGUCGCUGCUGGCAGACAGGCAACCUGAAGCUGUUGAGAGUGGACCGCAUGAGGUACCAGUAUGGAUGGGGCCGCUGCGGCACUCUGAAGGUAUGUUCAGCACCUUCGUGCACAACAACGAGCAGCAGAAUAUCACCCGUGAUCGAAAAUGCAAAAUCGUUCAUUAUGAUUUUGAUGCAGUAUGUCGCUGGGGCGGGUUUCUUGGACUUUUUACCCGGGCUGGUAUUUGCCGAAUCUCGUGGUCACUGACAACAUGCUUGGGGCUGACUCUCACCCUGGCUCUCACAACUGGAGGGGUGGUUGCGUGGGCCAAUGACGAGUCCAAAAUGGACACUGACGCAAUGGAAGCGUUGCAACAGCGCACCCUUCUCAUCGUGACAUUCAUCAUGGGUUUCUUCGUGCAGCUGAACAUCUCCAGAUGGUGGAACCAUAGGGAGUUCUUGAGGACGCUUCACGGCACCGUGUUGGAUGUUUUGUUGCUGCUGUCAACAUCGGGAGCCACACAGGAGCAGCUGCAGUGUGUGGCACGCCUGGGACUGCUCUCGCAAGCACUUCUUUUUGAUGAGUGCCGCGGAACCUUUGAAAAUGCUCAGGCCAAUGGAGCUGAAGGACCCUUCUCAGGACUCGUAAAAAUGGGACUUCUCAAAGAGCAGGAGAUCCCCUAUUUGGCUGAUCGGGCGCAGAAGGCUCAGACAGUUUGGCUUUGGAUCGCCUCGUAUGUCAAGCUAUGGUUGAACGACGACAAGAAGGCCUACAAAAUUCAGAAGAGGUGUUGCAACGGUCGGGCUGCCAUCUCCGCAAUUCGAACACAGCUGGGAACGCAGCUGCCGUACACCUACGUCCAAUUGAUUUCUGUCAUGGUGCAGUGUAACCAUUGCAUCAUGGGUCUUGGCUGUGGCUAUACUGGUGCAGCUGCAUUGGUUCUUGGUCACUACGCCUUGCUGGUGGCGCAGAUCGCUCAAACGGUUAUCGUUCCUGCAACCUUCCAAUCUCUUCUUGACGUUUGCGUUUACGUCAGCGAUCCGUAUGGAAGUGACGUUAUUGACUUCUCCUUCCUUUCGUACCAUUUGGCUCUUGCCAAAGUAUGCGAAUCCUUCACAUCUCCGAUCCCACCCGAAUUUGCAGCGAAGCAAUCGCCUCCGGAUGCGAGAAGCCCUGGCUGACAGCGGCAGUGACCGCAGAUGAACUCGACAGGACCUGGCACGACCAAAGCGAUGUAGAAUCAUGAUGAAACAUGUGACAAUUAAAAGCAUGUCAAACAUUCUAUAUAAAACAUUCUAAAACCCAAGUAACACCAUGUAACACCCACAAAGAUUGGGAAAUGUCAAAUUCGAAGAACUUCAGUGGCUGCAAGGGUGGCAAAUCUCCUCCCUUAGCCUAUACUUUUGAGGGAGUCCAGCCCAAAGAUAUGGCUGGAACGUUCGCAGUCUGACUGUAUCACACAGAUUCACACGGUUGCAAGUUCAGACAGUUCAGAUUUAAAUAUUUUGAUAUUGCAGAACCGCCCGACAGUUUUGGGUUUUGGAACUGCGCGUGCAAAAUGCGAAGCAAAACAAUUG